AUGCUCGUGUUACUGAAAAACGCCAUUUUUGGCAGUAACCAGGAUGAUAGAAGGUCGCUUCUGCCUACCGCCAGAUCCUAUGAUAGCGUAAACACUAUUGGAUGCGAUAAUUGCCAAGACGAUGAUACCUGUUCCAGAUCCUCAUCUGCUACUGCCAGCAGUUUUAUGGAGAGCGGUAUUGCCAACCCUAGAGUCAUGUCGGAUAUUAUCAUUGGUCUUUCCGACGGAUUGACUGUGCCAUUUGCCCUGACUGCAGGUUUGUCAUCACUGGGUGACUCGAAGCUCGUCAUUACCGGUGGUCUUGCCGAGCUGGUAUCAGGAGCCAUCUCCAUGGGUCUUGGAGGUUAUCUUGCUGCCAGAAGUGAGAGCGAAUAUUACGAGCACCAAGUCGCCAAGGAAAAAGCUACCUAUGCUGAGUCGCCCUGUUUGGCCACCCAAUCUAUCCAAGAGGUGCUUGCCGAGUACAAGCUGUCUCCCGAAACCAUCAAGUCAUUUGUUGCCGAUUUAGAAAAGUCUCAAGAGGACACUGUAAACUUCAUCAUCCGUUUCGCCAGAGGAUUAGAGGAGCCUGCCAGCGGCAGAGAGUUCACCUCGGCGAUGACCAUUGGACUCGCCUAUUUCAUGGGCGGUUUCGUUCCCCUGAUUCCUUACUUUUUCGCCAACGACGUUGUCACCGGUCUCUACAUUUCCGCCAUUGUCAUGGCCAUCACCCUGUUCCUGUUCGGAUCCAUCAAGACCGUCAUCUCACUCGGCAAAGAAUGCGGCCGCUCACAAAUCCUCUCCAACGGUGUCAAAAUGACGCUCACCGGAGGUGUUGCCGCUGCUGCUGCCUGGGGACUUGUCCGGGCCAUCGACAACUAA